AGCAACUGCCAUUCACCGAUCGACGCCGACAGUUGGGCACCAAGGAACUGUUCUUGUGUGAAAAACACACACACAUUUGUUUUAUUUCGCUAGGACUCCUGACGAUUACUUCACAAAUCGGAAAAUGCCAUCGAAAAAGAAAAAAUACAACGCACGCUUUCCGGCGGGACGCAUAAAGAAGAUCAUGCAAAGCGACGAGGAAAUCGGGAAGGUGGCCCAGGCCGUGCCUGUUAUCAUCUCGCGCACGCUGGAGCUCUUCGUGGAGUCGCUGCUGACCAAGACGCUGCGCAUCACGAAUGCGCGCAACGCUAAGACGCUAUCGCCAUCGCACAUGAGGCAGUGCAUCGUGUCCGAGAAACGCUUUGACUUCCUCAAGGAGCUGGUCCGCAACAUACCCGACAUCAGUGUGGCCGAGGAGGCCGCCUACAACGAGGACGAUGUGUUACGCAGCUCGCCAGAGGAUCAGUAUCCAGAUUCAGACACGCCAUAUGAUCUUAGCCUGCCAUCGACGUCAAUGCGCUCGCAGGCGAACGGCACAGCUGCCUACAUGCGCUCCAUGAGUCUGAACAACGGAGCCGGAUCAGGCGGAGGAGCCGCCGCCACCAAGCGGCAGUUUCAGUCGCAGCACUCCACCCAGCCAACUGCCACCACCAGCACCACCCUGCCCGCUAAACUGGCCCGCUCCGAGUCCACGCCGGCCUACACGCCACGCGGCAGGCCCCCCAAUCACCUCAAAAAACAGUCGAUGCAGCUCGAUACUGCCAUACCCGCCCCGAUCUGCAACUACGAACUCAACAAGCCCAUUGUCAAGAUCGACUACAGCCACGUGCAGAUGCAGAUGCCGACGGCGAACCUGUGCACACCGGACGCCUCGGAUUCUGGGUCAGGAUCGGGCGCCGGAUCUGGAGCUUUUAACUUCGACAUUGCUGCUCCGGUUAUCAAUAUCGAUCUGACGAAUAUCGUGGCCGGUGGAGCAGCUGGCAGUGGUGUUCCUCCCACCUCUAUUGGAUUACCAGCGACCACGCCGGGGGACAACAACAAUGUGAACCAAAUGGCUGGAAAGAGCAGCGCUCCCAUCAUUCCAAAGGCCACCGCGGCAUCAGCGACCCCCACUGAAACCGUUUUCGAAUUAGACGAAGACUAUGACAAUAUUUGAUUAGGAUCUAUGUGAAUGCGCUUUUAAAUUAUUGAUACAUUAAUAUGUACUCUAGGUCUAAGAAAUCACAAUAACAUUUUUUGCAAAAUAAAGACCAUGCUGGAUUUUAAGCUGA